AUGUCGACUGUGAAAGAAGGGAAGAAGAAAAAGAAGAUAGCUAUGGAGCCUGUGGCUAUUUCUUGGAAAGAGAAGAAAGAUCUAGCAGAUAAAGAAGAAGAGACCUUACAAAAUGAAAUAGAAGAUCUUAAAGCAUGGACCGACAUGAUUGAUGCUAUGAAUGAUGAGCAAUUAAAGGAAUACCUGAAAAACAGACCAGAAGAAUUGAAGACAGUGAAGAUCCAAAAGAACAAGCCUAGACAAAAAGUCCAGCGGGUCAGGAAGGAUAAAUCUUCAGCUUCAGUGGGAAUAAUGGCUUCAGUGUGGAAAUUUCAUAAAGAAGACAAUGAGGAUUCCAAGAGACCUGAUGUUUGA